AUGCAGUUAAUUGUUAAGUCAUUUGAAACGCGUGUUGUUAAUACGGACGACUGCCCUACGGCAGCCAACUUGAAAAUCUUAUUGGCAAACCAGGAUAAUUUACCCCUUGAUAGCCUCCAGCUGUAUAAUGGUGGAUCAUUAAUUGGGGAUUGUCAGUCGUUGGCAUCUCUGCCUAGCGAUGCGUGUAUCGACGUCGUAGUCCCUUUUCUAGGAGGUAAGGUACACGGUUCUCUUGCCCGUGCCGGUAAAGUUCGUGGCCAAACACCAAAAGUUGAGAAACAAGAGAAAAAGAAGACACCUCGUGGAAGAGCAAAGCGUAGGAUGCAGUACAACAAACGGUUCGUUGCAGUUGUGCAGCAACCAGGUGGCCGCAGAAGAGGUCCGAACUCCAAUAAUGGCUAG